AUGGCGCGGUAUUCUCAUGAACCUGACAAUGCUACGAAGUCCUGUAAAGCUAGAGGCUCCAAUCUCCGUGUUCACUUCAAGAACACUAGAGAAGCAGCUAAGGCCAUCAGAACUAUGCCUUUGAGAAGAGCUAUUAGAUAUUUGAAAAAUGUAAUGGAAAAGAAAGAGUGUGUACCUUUCCGUCGCUUCAAUGGUGGUGUUGGUAGGUGUGCCCAGGCUAAACAAUGGGGUGUUACCCAAGGUCGUUGGCCAAAAAAAUCUGCAGAAUUUCUGCUCCAGCUUUUGAAGAACGCUGAAUCCAAUGCUGAUUACAAAAAUCUUGAUGUCGACAGGCUUGUAAUUGAGCAUAUCCAAGUAAAUAGAGCUCCACGUUUGAGAAGGAGAACUUACAGAGCUCAUGGUAGAAUUAACCCUUACAUGAGUUCACCCUGCCACAUCGAAGUUGUCUUGACUGAAAAGGAACAGGUUGUCGCCAAGGCUACUGAUGAGGAGCCCAUGAAGAAGAAAGUAUCCAAAAAGAAGUUGGCCAGGCAAAAGGAAAAGAUGAUGAGGGAAUAG